AUGCCCGCCAAGCCCAUACCAGACCCCCAAUCUCCCAACUUCCGUCUAGACCGUGUUUUCUGUCGAUUCGAGACAGACCCCUUGCAGCUGAACUCCGCCAAGAUCCUUAUCACUCCGAUCCGGACCACCCGGACGAAUGCUGUGUGCUGGCCCAGACUGGGCAUCCAAAUGAUCCAGCUGAAGUGUCCAGCUGAGGUGAUCUCGGGGGCCGAAAGGGUCACAGCUGGGAUCGACGCCAAGCCUGUGCAACAUUCCGCCGUGGAAGACGCGACGGACACUGGCUUGGCUGCACCCUCGAUCCGCUCACGAAUCGUGGAGGUUCAGCGUCAGGCCGAUCAGACAGGCAUACGCGGCGAUGCUCAGGGCCGUCAGCACGACGACGGCGUUGCCGCUGGUGCGGAACUUGCGGCGAUGCAGGCCGUCGUCGUCGACCUCGCUGAAGAACUGGCGGUUGCCCUGCUGGCGGCGGAACAGGCUGAUCAGGAGCACGCCGGUGCCGUAGACGGCGAACAGGGCGCCGAUGCUGUAGAACUCGGCGGUGAAGACCUUGAGCACGAUCAGGGCGAACGAGAACUGGGCCAGGGCGGUGCGUACGUAGGCGCCCUCGAAGGUACGCUGGGCGGCGCGCACCUCGACCAUCUCGUCCGAGGUGAGCACGGCCGAGCGGGCGCGGUGCAUGCGCAGGCGGUAGCGGUCGGCGGCAUGCCACUGCAGGCGUCAAGUAUUGAGUAUAGAGGAAUGCUGGUGAAGUUGGAGGAUGCGGAGUCGGCGUUAAAAAAUAAAAAUAAAUUAAAGAAUUAA